AUGUUUUAAUAUAAGGUAGUAGCAUUUUUUUGUCAUAUUAAAUAAGCAGUCAAAUCAUUUGAAUCUGAAGUGAUCUCUACAGCAUAUUUAAGGAAAAAGGAGUUGGCAACAUUAAAUACAAUGCUCUUUACUUUAAAGGAUUAAGAUAAUUAUUAGGAAAUACGUAAAAUGAUCAAGGACGUUCUGCCUCCUGUCUAAAGCAUUUCAAAAAUUAUAGAUUUGAAAGAAUAUUCCAGAAUAGCUUAUAAAUUGGAUAUGAAGAAAGAUUCUUAGAUAUUGGAAUAGCUUUUAACUUUGAUAUUGCAGGAUCAAUUUGGUAAUUUUGUAUUGAAGGACAAAUUGAUAAAACACAUAAUUCAGAGCAUUAAAAUAAGUAUGCUGGAGCCAAAAGUAAAAUAGUUAUUGGAAUAAUUGAAAUUGAAGGAAUCUGAAGUUCAACAGAAAUAUAUAAAUAUUUAUAUAGACCUCAUUUAAUAGAAGGUAAAUUAGGGAAGGGAGAGUUCUGAAUCAUAGAUGACUGAUUAAAAUGUUGUAGAUUUAAACAACUAAGAAUUGAAAUCUGAAAAAAGAAUUUAAAUUCUAAAUUAAAUAAUUUUUUCAAAAUAAGUAAAGCAGAAUCAAUAAAUUCUAUUUGAACACUUUUAAUAACCCAGUAUUGAGGAGAUUAUGAUCAUUUUGCCACAAAUUCAUUUGUUUCCAGGAAAAUUAAGGUCGAAUUAUACAGAAAUUUUGAAUAAGUACCUAAAUUAAUUAAUGGUCUCUCCAAGAGAGGAGGGUAAAGUUUUGACAUAGCUGAAUUAAAUGAUUUUAAAGAAUUCUGAAUUUUUUAAAAAAAGCAAUAUCUCUUUUAUUCACAUAUUGAAUUAGAUCUAAAUGUAGGGGUUGUUGGAAUCUUAAAUAAAUUAAUUAUUAUACUUAAUCACAUAUUCAAAUAGUUUAGAUUACUUCAGAUAAAAUGAAUAAUAGUUUAUAGAUUAUAUUAUCAAGAACAAAGCAGUAAAUAUGAGUUAGAUGGUGGCUUACUUCUUCCAUCUUGCAUAGAUUUAUAGAUAGAUAGGCGAUUUCAAGGAAGAAUUGUUAAAGUUUCAAUGUACGUAUUUUAUGAAUAACCUAUCCAAAUGUGAUUCAAACUAAUUGUUUUUGAUAAUUAAAUCAUUAAGAGUUUGUUAGAACAUUGAAGAGGUCGUUGUUUUGAAUAAAUAGAUAGAAUAGAAAAUAUAGGAAGGAGCAUUAAAUUAGAAUCACGAUGCUCUUAUAAAUUUUGUAGCCAAUAAAAUCAAGUAGUCUUAGGUAUUAUUUAUGCCUGAGACAGCAAAUAUGGUAACUGUGACAUAGAAGAAUUUUGGAGAGUGGUGUCACUUAAUCUAAUAAAUAGGUGCACUAAAAACCCUAGAGACAGACCUAAUCGAUAAGUUCAAAAGAUUACACAUAAACUUCAGAGAGAGAUUAUCAUAGAAUUAAUUAUACUAUUAUUUCGCCGCAUAAUUAAUCUGUGGAGUUCAUGAUGAAAGAUACUUUUUGGAUAGAAUAAAUUAGACAAGACCAUUUCUAUUAGUUAGGAUUCUUUAUGAUAUUGCUUAAUUCCCUACACAUCACUAUGAAAAACUAAAGCAAAGAAUCAUUGAGAAGAUAAAAGAUACUCCAGAUUACCUGACAUAAGAGUUUAGUAAAUUGGACAAAGGAUUAUUGAGUUUCAGUAUUUUGGCAGCAUCACUUUUUGAAGAUCAAUCAUUUUAUAAUUAUUUACUUGAUAAAUACAAGAGAGAAAUAGAAUAAUUCACUGAUGAAUUAAUAUCAAACAAUAAGAAGUUCCAGAGAAACAAAAUAAUAGGUAAGUCAUCAGUUAAUUUUGUGACAAACCAAUCAUUGGUGCAAUUUUAUCAGGCUCUAAGAUAUCAUCAUUGUUUAGCCAAUGAGGAAUCAGGGUAUCUGAUAAAGUUAUAGGAUCUCAUUAAGGAUUACAGUUUGACUCAAUAGGAGAUGCCUUCUUACAUUGAGAGUGUGGUUGAGUCUGUUUUGAAGGAGGAGAAGGUGGAGUUUAUAAGAGAUUAUUGUGAAGUGUUGCCGUUCAGGAUAGACUUUUACAUUCCGAGCAAGUAGAUUGGGAUUGAAUGCAAUGGGGUGUCUCAUUAUUGCUUGGAUCAAUUGAGGAGAGGGGAUGUUUUGAAAAUGAAGUAUUUUGAGGAGAAGCUGAAUAUAAAAAUCAGUGUGAUUCGUUCUGGUUGUGUUAAUAUUUAGGAAAUGGUGAAAAGCAUAAUAAAGUGAUUGAUAUUUUCAUACAUAUAUAUAAGUGAGUGUUUGAUUGA